GGGAGAGGCUGCCCCUCUGCUCGCGACAGGCCUCAAUCGCGUGGCUGUCGGCAACACGCAGUAGUUCGCAAGCACAGUAGUUGCUGCGACGCGACGAAGACGCGCCGUACGCCGCGCAAAAACGAGCAGGCACUCUGCCACCUGCCGCCCAGGGCAGUAAAAUGCAGACGCCGCUCGCGUCGCGGGCGUGCGCGGCGGACUCGUCCUUUCUUGCUGAAGCUACCGGGACGCCACGGCUGCCGCCGGCGGAGGACGACGAGCCAUCAAUAGAGGAGGCGCUCUGGCGCAUCUUCACGCGCUACGCGGACGCGCGAAGGCCGGACCGGCUGCCUUCUAGACAAUUCCUCGCGUUCUGUCGCGACUGUCAGCUGCUGCGAGGGAAGGAGGACCGCGCGGCCGCCGAGGUCUUGGUGAGGACGCGCCUCCAAGGGCGCCAGAACCAUCUCACUUUUGUAGACUUCGCAGAGAUCCUCGCGGCGUUUUCUCAAAGCAUUAGAAAGGGCGAGGACGCCUUCCGCGAUGUACUACUGGAGCACGUCCUCCCGCUCGCGAAGCGGCGCACCGUUGGACCUGUGGACAUGACCGGCGACGUCGCGAAUUUGUUGAAGAGGUUUAGAAGACCGCUCGACGGCGCCUUCGCGCGGCUCGGCGAGAAGGACCUGCCGGCAUUCCUCGACUUCUGUCGAAUAAAACGCCUCCACGAGGCGACGGGCCCCGGCGCGGCGUCUCCUUUAUCCAUCCGCGCCGCGGGCGAGUGCUACCUCGCCGCGACGCGGCCGGGCUACCGGCGCAUGACCCGUUCUAUGUUCGAUGAAGCGCUUGCCCGCCUCGCGGACGCGGCGUACCCAUCAAACAUAACGUUGCCGGACAAGCUGCGCGCCUUGCUCGUGCAGCUCUGGCGGAGCGACGGCGCGCCGCAGCCAGGGUCGCCGCGCAAGGGCGACGACCUCGCGCGCGCCGUCGUGGACAUGUGGCGCGGCGACGACUACCGGGACUACCUCGCUGUGGGGGGGGCGGUUGCUAGUGGCGUCCCGGCGCUGGAGCGGCUGUCGCCGGCGCGGCAGAGUCCGGGGGUAAGGAGAGUACAUUAAUGAACUUACACGCG